ACAGUAGGGUUCUGGCCGAAAAUGCCCGACAGGGGCACGGGCCAGCUCACGGCGUGGGUCUCCAUCGCACAGCUCCAACGCUUUGUCAGAUAAAUUCCGGAGCAGACGAAGCGAGCGCUCCGUUUGGGCUGGUAGUGGUGCUCGGUUUGACUCGGUCACAGCGCUCCUUGGGCUUCAGAUUGAGAACGCAGAAACUGAACCCUCUUCCCUUGGUCACAGCUGCCCACAUGCUCUAAGAUGAUGGAUGCUAUACAGUUGUUCUUGCUGACCUGUGUCCCACUGUUGCUGUUAGCAUGGCUGAUAUCUCGGAAAGAAACGUCUUCAGGCAGACCUACUUCCGAAAGUCGAGGGAAGACUCCCAAAAUACUGCAAACAGGGUAUAGUUGGUGGUCGGGGCAUGUGGGUUACAUCGUCAACCACAACAAUCGUGGGGCGGAGCAGUUUCGAUUCAACUUACACGACCUAGCUCGAGAAGCUCCGGAGCCGGUAAUGGCGAUCUAUGCUCUCGGUCCCAGAUGGCUGACCAAACCCGUCUACAGUAUCAACGAUCCGCAGUUGAUCGCCACUGCCACGACGUCCAGCAAAACGGGCAGGUUCGCUAGUCUGCAACCCGCAUCAAGCAGUGUCCUGGGACGCAAAUCCCUGACUGCGUUGCAAGGCGGCGAACUGAGAAGCCACCGGAAGCUCCUCACAGCCAGCCUCUUGUCCCGCCCGGCCCUCUCCAGGUUCGUUAACGUCAUGACUGAUGUGACAACGACGUAUUUCGGAACGCUACCUAACUCUAAGAGCACCGCAGGUACACCAGCGCCCUUUGCUUUGGAUCUGAUCAAAAGUAACGACAUAGGCGCCAUGUUGGUGGAUGCAUUCGCAAACUUCGGCUUCGGUGUCAAUCUUUCUGCUGGUGAAACUAACGCCACGGACAUUGGGCACAGGAAACGAUUUCUCGACAGCCUCGACUACCUGUUGACAGCCUUCGCGGAGCGCAUCGCCAAAGUCGGACCACUCGACUUCCUCUCCUACCUCGACAUGUGUAAGAACUACAAGCUGCGAUGCACUCACAACUUCAUCCGCAACGAGGUCAUCCUUCCAGCCGUGCGACGACGGAGGGCGGAUAGGUACGAAGGUGUGGAAGUGCCUCCGGACACGCUCGACAUGAUGCUCGAGUUGACGGAGGACGGAACGGAGGCGUUCACGGAGGAGGAGAUAUGCGACGAAGCGGUGCUGGUACUGACAGCGGGCUAUGAGACGACAGCGUACUCCAUCAUGUGGGCACUCCAUCAACUAGCCCUGCAUCCGGAGUGUCAGCAGCGCUGCUACGAGGAAGUGUGCAGUGUGAUGUCAUCGCAUCCUCCCGGAACAACACCAUGCAUGGCAGACCUUGAUCACAUGACCUAUCUUCAUGCGGUGUUGCAAGAGUCUGGGAGACUCACACCCAUUGCGCACAGUAUGCACCGGGAGGUUGUGGAAGACAUGAACAUUGGUGGUUACUUCAUCCCGAAAGGCAGUGACAUCAUGAAUUUCUACUACGGAAACUCCACGUCAGAAGACGUGUACACGAAAGCGGACAAGUUCAUGCCGGAGAGGUGGCUCAACGACCCCACCGGCGGGGCCAAGAAGCCGGGCGUCACCACAAUGCCGUUCGGCAACGGCCCCCAGCGCUGUUUCGGGCAGCGUCUGGCCGUGCAGGCAAUGCGCACCAUCGUAGCUCUGUGGGUGCAGCGCUACCGCUUUGAGAUGCUCACAGAGGACGUCAAGCCCGUCUUCCGCAUCUCCUACAUCAUGUCCGAGUUUGCUCUGCGAAUGUUCCCUCGCAGUUUGUAAGAGUGUCCGAGAGGGAAUUUCCCAGCAUGCCAGUUGUCGUAGUUCCGUGUAUGAAGUAGGACUGAAACCAGGACAACUACCGUAAAAUCCCGCGGAUAAGCCCACCCGCGUAUAAGCCCAUGCCCGCGCAUAAGCCCAGGGAAAGUUCGAACAUCACAAAGCUUCAUCGUAAAGGCCCAUGGGCCUAGGUCAUACCGAGAGUCCAUAAAUUAUGGACUCUUGGCCAUACCAUGUACGUAGUACAUGCACAUUAUAGCUUUUUUCGUACAUUUCAGCACAAUCAUCGGUUGUUUUUGUUUGCACAGUGGUUUUUAGCAUGUACUUCUCAGUUCCUUGAUACUUUUCAAUAGCACAACUUGGUGUCGGCGUAUAAGCCCAUGCCCGCGUAUAAGCCCAUGUUCUCGUAUAAGCCCACCGAAAUGUCCUUGUGAAACAGAUAAGCCCAUGGGCUUUCCCGCGGGAUUCUACGGUAUCCAAGAGGGCGAAGGCAUUAACGCUGUGUGUAGUCAGCGGGAGUCGUAAAAUACCGACUCCCCGGCAUUCAGUGUGGCGAACAUGUACAUGUAUGCCGGAACCCCCCCCCCCGAACCCAACAUGCAUAAUUAUGUGACGCCCCAGAGCUGCACACGGCCCUUGGCGGCCUGGAAUUGGAGGUGGUAUGAAUGCUGCUGGACAUCCACGCGUACAAAAUGUGGACGAGAUGGGACUUGCACUGGUCCAAGAUGAUAGCUUUUCGUUUUGUUUGGGAUUUCACUGUGCGUGUAACUUCCAUGUGCAUGUGCAUGUGCCGUGUUUUGACUGUACAGAAAGUCAUUGUGCGCUGAGCAUGUCAAGCACUGGAUGACGUGCAUGCACCCAUGUCUACCCUUGCUAAUGUGCCAGCAAUUUGUGUCUGUCGAAGCUAUCAUUAAAUUUUGUAGGAUGUUCACUCGACGGGUGUAAUUCUAGGGCACAACUUCAAGGAUACAAUAAUAAUUAUUAUUAUGAGCACUGUGUGGGUUCGAACACGUAUGUGCAAGCGUGUGUACGUGUGUGGAAGCGUGUGUGUGUGUGUGUGUGUGUUUGCGUGCGUGUGUGUGUGUGUGUGUGCAUUUGUGCGUGUGUGUAUGCAUGUGUGUGCGUGCGUGUGUGUGUGUGUACGUGCAGGUGUGAUCAUUGCGG